GGGAGGGAGGAAUCAAUAACUCAGACAGGUCAUCUACCGAAGGAAAUUCUUAAUAUGGACAAGAAGUCAGUAGAUUUGUACAAAAAAGCGUUACAAGAUGGAAAGGUUUCCGUUCACAAUAUCCGCGUAAUGGUAGUUGGUCAUUAUGAUGUUGGGAAAACAACGUUGACGAAGCGUCUCUUAGGGGAGCCAGUUGAUAUUACAAAACGGGCCAGUACAAAUGGCAUAGAAGUUCAUGUUGAUAGAUGCAAGAUCUCUCUCAAAGAUAGGGCGUGGAUUUGUCCAGAAAAUUAUAACACUCGAAAGGCGAUAUUUCAUCAGCUGGCAAAGUUAUUUGACAAGGAUGGCAAGCAAGCAGAGACUCAGACGGAGAUGAACGUAUCAGACGAUUCCAGUUUGGAUGUAGAUAAGGCGCAUGAACAAACAACACCUGCUGAACAUCCAGUUGCCGAAAUAGAAGACAGUGUAGAAGUAGAAAUUUAUUCUAGAAUUCAAACAGUGAGCAAAGUUUCUCACCUUGAAUCUGUAAGAAAAAAUGCCGAAUCACUUGAAGGGGAGGAUACACAGAUCAUGAGUCAUUUGAAGAAACUGAUAGAAAAUGUACAAGUCGACAAAGAGCAUUUGGAAGCAUCCGACCUGUCUUUGUGGGACUUUGCCGGACAGAAUGUGUUUUAUGCAACCCACCAGGCUUUUUUCUCUCGCCGAGCGAUCUACCUGCUAGUGACAAAUAUUUCCAAGCACAUAGAUGAUACAGUUGAUGACGAUCCUUGGCAUACAGACUGCAGAGGAGAGAAAAAUUGCAAAGUCUCAGAGUAUAUUGACUUCUGGUUGAAUUCGAUACACGAGUUUUGUAGUAAUCAGGGAGAAAAUGGACCUCCUGUUGUUUUGGUUGGCACUUUUGCAGAUCAGUUAAAAAAGGACAUCUCCCCAGAUGACGCUUGCAGUUCGUUGAGAGAGUUCCUGGUUGAAAAGGCAGCAAGUUGUCAUUUAACCACAGAGAACUUUUUAUUAGACAACACUGUGGAAGAUGAAAAUAUUCAGUCUCUUAGGAAACAUAUCUUUGAUGAAGCUUCGAAACAGUCCUACUGGGGAGAGAAUAUCCCAGCAAAAUGGGUCAUUAUGGAAGACGUCCUUAUAGGAAUCAAGGAGGAAAACACAAAGGUACUUCGAAAAGACAGACUGAAGGAACUGAAUAUGACAUUGCCUGUACCCAUUAAAACUGACGAGGAACUUGAAUUAUUCUUGCAGUUUCAUCAUGAAAUAGGAAACAUCAUAUAUUUCAGCAAAGAUGACGUGACAAAUUACAUCCUUCUAGACCCACAAUGGUUAAUUGAUGCCUUUAAGAGCGUGAUCACUGCCAAAUCAUUUUGCAUAAGCCGGACAAAUAUAAAGAACGAAUGGAUGGAGUUCCAGCGAACAGCUGUUUUAAAACAAGUAUUGAUUGAUGCCGUCUGGGAAAAACCCGAAAACAGAGAUUUCAAAAACUAUAGAGACCUGUUACUGACAUACAUGGUUAUUCUAGGAUUGGUGGCUAGACCAGUACAACAGGAGGAGCACUCCGUGAAGGGGGAAAACUGGUAUUUUGUCCCAUGCAUGCUAAAAGAUCCUCCCCCAAUGGAAACAACUUCUUGCUGUGAUUUUCUGGAUCGCAAGUCUACAAGUAAACUCUGCUACACGACAGCGGUAGAGCCUGAGAGAAGAUUUUUUCCAGCCACAAUAUUCAACAAACUUCUUGCUGCAUGUCUACAAAAAUGGCCGUUGUCAAAACCAAACAGAAAACCCAUGAUUUUCUGUGGAGGCGCUGUUUUUCAGUUGAAAGAGAAUCACUUCCUCUAUAUAUUCUUCUACGAGCAUGUGAUACAGAUCUGGAUAUCUCGGUUAAGUUCGGAUGGGCAGUUUCCAAAUAUUUCACUGUGUACUGAAACCAAAGACAGCAUCGAAUUUGUAUUAGAUACAGACAUCAGAAUGCACAGUAAGAUCAUCCCGUUUGUAAAAUGUCAAACAGCUAAUUUUUACUCGAACGAAAACAUGUUUCCACUUGAGCAGACGGAAGAUUUUUCUACAAAGGAGGUUGUCUGCUAUUGCAAGGAUAACCAACAUGUCAUACGGUACCAUAAUCUGGCGAAAUAUUGGUUACAUGAUCAAGAUUCAAAUAACUUAUCAGAACUUGAAAGCGACCAUACCAGUCUCACUGAAAAGGACUUUAGUAAAUUUGCAAGUAGGAUUGGGGAGGAAUACUUACAACUUGGACGGAAAUUAGGCCUUACAGAAGCCAAACUUGAUCAAAUUCGAUUAGAUAGAUGGACUACACAGGACAGAAUAGUAGCAAUGUUCUGCGAGUGGAAGAAACAGAUGGCGGACGAGGCAACAGCUUCUAAGUUGAGACGGGCGCUGUCGGAUAUUGGUAAAGAUCCUUCUGAAGUUCUUCGAUAACACUACUGCGCUAUGCCAUCAUGUUUUUCGGAAAUUAGAAAAGCCCAGCCAAUAUCCAAUAUGCGUCGGUGGGUCAAUAUAAAUUGUGAAUCAUGACUUACAACAUUUUUGUUUGUCGUUCCACUGCAAUCUUUAUAUAUCGGUGCCAUAUAAAUACAAGCAUACUGCUGAAAUACUUAACUAUACACAGAUUUAUCUGAUAUAUGAAAUAUUUCACAUUUGCCCAAAAGGUAAAAGAAGCGAUUAUUGUGCAGAGUAAAUUGUAAAUGUAUGUCGUCGUCAUACUAAUGUUUUGAAAAUGGAUAUCGUUUUGUACUGUUCAAGGUAUAAAUUAUCGUAACGUAGUUACCAUAUUUAUAUCAAAUAGUUUGAAUUGGACUAAAGUAUAUAUAUAUGAUAUGACACUAUUUUCGCUAAAAGGCGGCUGUUAGAAUGGGAAACUUGCUUGCACUUUUUUCACAUGACGAUGCAUUUCAACAAUCGCUGGCAGUCUAAUGUUUUGGCAUCCGAAAUGAUCCACCUUUGAGCAAACAUAAACUGAAGAUGUUGCAUUCGUAGAAACUGAAUACACGUGCUUAGAGUCUACUUCAAAACAGUUUCGAUUAUUUGAUUUCAUGCAGUAUUUUAAUUUGACUCAUAUGUAAGAAGUUUGAAAUUUUAUUUAGAAUUUAAUAAUUAUAUGAUGUAGCACGUUUUUAACAUGAACAUCGUUUCAAGUUAAGUUUCGAAUGGGAUAUGGCUAUUAGAUGAUCAUAUUAAUUUUGGUAAUAGUGUAUGUACUAUCUUUGAAUAUUGAAUGUUAUAUUACAAAAUGUUACGUUUUGGUCAAGUUUUAUUUGUUAAAUGCUAUUUAUAUGUAUAAUAUUUUCUUUUAAGCUUUUGUGUAUAAUCAUUAUUUCAAGUUGCAAUUCUGAUCCUGACAAAAAUUUCGUGUAAAUUAAAUAAAUGACAAUAGUAAUAAACCUUUUUAUUUUAUGUUUUUCGGAUGAAAUCCUGAGAUAUAAGUGAAAAAUAUAUUUGAUAAUUUCAUAGUGAAAAAUAUCAAAUAUAUUUUUCACUGUACUACAGGUGGGACUACUUUGAAUAAAUUCCCCUUAAGGUGCCUCAAACACUGUCUCAAUCGUUACUGUCCUUCUAUGCAUUUCGAGUGACUUCCCCUAGAUUGUCUACAAACAAUACAUGUAUAUAACGUAACCUAUGACAUGUCUGACCUAACUACGAAAAUGCAUGAGGCUGAUACCCUUGUAACAAAAUUUCCAAAAGCAUUACUUCAUUCAAUGUGGAUAGUUUGCACCUCUUAUUUUGUGUACAGGCAAAGAAAUUCAUCAGUUGUGUUGGUGUGAGGUAAAGCUAUACCUGCAAAUCACAUCAUGAUCAUGCAAAUCUCGGGACACAAAAGGUGAAAAACAUUAACAAUUACAGUAAACUAAAUAAUGUUCAAAGUCGCCAGAUAUCAAAUAAAUCAACAAAACCUUCCUCCACCGUUGUUUACAACCCAGGCCAUCCAUCAACUUCUGGUCCAUUUGGUUUUCACAUGUAUUAUUUGCAAACAAUCUAGGGGAAACUUAUUGGAUACUCUUUGUCAAAAGUUAUUUAACUUUCGCAAAUUAAUGUCAGAGGUCAAUAUUGGAUAUACUUUUCAUUACUUCAGAGAGAAACAGAUUAGAUACCGGUAGGUGAAGUAGUUUUCGACAUUCUUUCAUUUUUAACAUUUUCAUGCAAAAUUCUGGUACAGUUUUGUUAAGAGUUUCUUCUUUUUUCACAGAUGAAAAUAUAAAUAGACUUUCCUCUUUAAAAAAAAGAAAAUAAAUAAAAUACAUUAAAAUCUAUUGUGCUUUAACGGUUUUUGUUGUUUUCUGUUUCAUUUUCACAAACUUGUUGAAUUUUAAAGUUGUUGCUUCAUUUAAAAUAACGAGAAUAUUAAAUAGAAUAAAAAAUUGUUGUACCUUCAACAAUAUUUUUAACUGUGUUAAAAUUUAAUUUGUUUGAGUGUGUAUCUCUGCUUGUAAAAACUAAGUUCACAUUCCCUGAAAGAUUUAAAAUUAAUACUUGUAUCACAAGUCAUGGAAAUGUGUUACCAUGAACACAGUGGAGCUUGAACCCUUGACCUCCGGAUUAAGCAGCUGACACCAUAACCACUAGACCACCUGUCCUGUCCCAUGAAUUCAACUGUUUGAAACAGUGAAAUUUAUAAUAACGCUCCCCUUCAGGCCAUUGUUAAAAUCAGUGAGUAAUAAAUACCGCUUACCUUCACGCCACUGUUUGAAACAGUGGAAGUUAUAACCAUUCAUGCCACUGUUUGAAACAGUGAAAAAUAUAAUACCGUUCCCCUUCAUGCCACUGUUUGAAACAGUGAAAGUUAGAAUACAACUCCCCUUCAUGUCACUGUUUGUAACAAUGAAAAGUGUAAUAUUGCUUCCCUUCUUGCAUUUGUUUAAAAACAGUGAAAAGUGUAAUACUGCUCCACGUAUGCCACUUUUUGAAACAAUGAAAUGUGUAAUACUGCUUCCCUUCAUGCAACUAUUUGAAACCGCAAAAAGUAU